UUCUCAGCACCAAUCGGCAGGGUAAUAAUGGAGGAUGAACUAGAAGCUAUCAACCGAGAAGCUGCUAUCCUCACGGAGCAAGGUGUUGAUAUCAUUAUUCUGCUUUCACAUGUUGGCUACACAAGCGAUAUGCGUUUAGCGCAGAGUGUUUCCCGCGAUGUCGAUAUCAUAGUUGGAGCGCAUUCCCACACCUUGUUAUACACCGGUGAGGCUCCUGACGGUAAUAUUCCAUUGGGCGAAUACCCUACCGUUGUUACGAGAGACGACGGACAUAGAAUCCCUAUAGUGCAAGCGUCGUGCUACACGCGCUACUUGGGCAUUAUUAAGUUGUACAUUAAUGAAGCUGGUAUUAUCGAAAGUUGGGAGGGACAACCUGUGUAUCUGGGAUCCUCUAUUGUGCAAGAUCCUUAUAUCAUGGAGUUACUCGAGCCUUGGCGACACGAGAUAGACGCUAUAGGCAGAGAAGUGCUAGGCUCGUCUCUCGUUGCUCUGAACCGCGACUCAUGCAAUCGCGGCGAGUGUAACAUUGGCAGCUGGGCUUGCGAUGGAUUUUUGGAAGAGGUUAUGUUGAUGGAGCCGAGACAAGCGCCACGAUGGCACAACGCUCAUGUGUGUAUGAUGUACGCGGGCGGCUUGCGAGCGCACAUCGAACCUGGCAACAUAACAACCGAAGACUUACUCCGAACAAUUCCAUUCGAGGACUACAUGCAAAUAUACGAACUGAAGGGCAAGUAUCUUCUAGAAGCACUCGAGUUCUCAGUUGGUGGCAACGUGGGUAGUUCGCCUGAUCAAUUCAACAGUGGACAAAUGUUGCAAAUUGGAGGCAUGCGCAACAUUUAUAACGUGACACAGCCAUCAAAUUCCCGCGUCACAGCUACAGUCCGUUGCAUAGACUGCGAUGUGCCACGGUACCUGCCUCUUGACGAAAAUGCUACUUAUACCGUUGUCACAUCGAACUUUAUUGGCGAUGGGGGUGGCGGUUACACUAUGCUGUCUGAAAACAGAGAGAACGUGGUGAACUUGAAAGUGGACUAUCAAAUGCUACAAGACUACAUGCGUCGACGG